UGUUCAGAUGCAGAGCACAAGCUCUUCUCUGUGAUAUUCUCCAGCUACAACCAGUACAUACGACCAGUGGAAAAUGUGACCGACCCCGUCAUUGUGCAGUUCGAGGUGUCCAUGUCACAGCUGGUCAAAGUGGAUGAAGUCAAUCAGAUCAUGGAGACAAAUCUGUGGCUGAGACACAUCUGGAAUGACUACAAACUCAGAUGGAAUCCAAAGGAUUUUGGAGGCGUGGAGUUUAUCCGAGUACCAUCAAACAAGAUAUGGAAGCCAGACAUUGUGCUCUACAACAAUGCAGUCGGAGAUUUCCAGGUUGAUGACAAAACGAAGGCCCUCCUACGUUACAAUGGUGAUGUGACCUGGAUUCCUCCUGCCAUAUUCAAGAGCUCCUGCAAGAUUGACGUCACUUACUUCCCCUUCGACUACCAAAACUGCACCAUGAAGUUCGGCUCCUGGACGUACGACAAGGCCAAGAUCGAUCUGGUGCUUAUUGGCACAACCAUAAACCUCCAGGACUUCUGGGAGAGCGGCGCGUGGACGAUCAUCGACGCCCCUGGUUACAAACACGACAUUAAGUACAACUGCUGCGAGGAAAUCUACACGGAUAUUACUUACUCUUUGUACAUUCGCCGUCUGCCACUUUUCUAUACCAUCAACAUGAUCAUCCCCUGCCUCCUCAUCUCCUUCCUCACCGUGCUCGUCUUCUACCUGCCAUCUGAUUGCGGAGAAAAAAUCACUCUUUGUAUCUCCGUCCUGCUGUCUUUAACUGUCUUCCUCCUUGUCAUAACAGAGACCAUCCCCUCCACCUCGCUAGUCAUCCCCCUGAUUGGCGAGUACCUCCUCUUCACCAUGAUCUUUGUCACCCUCUCUAUUGUUAUCACUGUUUUUGUGUUGAACGUCCACUACCGCACACCAAAGACCCACACUAUGCCCUGCUGGGUGCGUACUGUGUUCCUGGGGCUGCUGCCCAGGGUGAUGUUCAUGACCCGGCCAGAGAGGGACCCUGAGAAGGUGGCGGCGGCCGUCGAUGUUCAGACGAUGCAUUCAAGGCCCUGUGUCAUUCAUUCGUCAGGUACCUUGAAGAAGAAGCACAAACCUCAGGCCCUGGCCUCUAGCGUGGUGUCCAGCCUGACAAACCGCCAACGUCUUUUCAACAACACAGAGCUCUCAAACCUCAAUAACUUAAGUGGAAACCCGGCCAAAGGUGCGGGCUCAGCGCUCUUUUGCUGCGAAGGCCGCUGCAACUGCUGCUGGCACCAGAGAUCCAGCAAACUGCCUGCAGACUCUGGGGGAGGGAGCGGGGGACUGGGCAGCCUCGGGGCGCUGACUUGUGGCAGUGCUGUUGGGGUCGGAGCGGAGAGUCAGUGCUCCAGCUCCGAGUCUGUGGAAGGAGGAAUAAUCUCCCUGUUGCCGAUCUCCCCUGAGGUCCAGGAGGCUAUUGAAAGUGUCAAAUACAUAGCAGAGAACAUGAGAUUACAGAACGAAGCAAAAGAGGUUCAGGAUGACUGGAAGUACGUUGCCAUGGUUAUCGACAGGAUCUUCCUUUGGGUUUUUGUCCUUGUGUGCAUCCUGGGAACAGCUGGCCUCUUCCUCCAGCCUCUAUUACUUUGGGAUGACAUUUGA